GCCCGCUGGCCGCUCAGUGAGACCCCGCGGCUGGACGGCCCCACUUUCCAUGCAGGUCCCCGUAGGAUGAGGCCGAGUUAUCUGGCGCUGAAAACGAGACCCUAAAACAAAGAAGAACACAAAUCAUGUCCCGAGGACUUCCAAAGCAGAAACCAAUAGAAGGUGUUAAACAAGUUAUAGUUGUGGCUUCUGGAAAGGGUGGAGUUGGAAAGUCUACAACAGCAGUUAACCUUGCACUUGCACUAGCAGCGAAUGAUUCGUCAAAGGAGAUUGGUUUGUUAGAUGUAGAUGUAUAUGGCCCAUCAAUUCCAAAGAUGAUGAAUCUGAAAGGAAAUCCAGAAUUAUCACAGAACAACCUAAUGAAGCCUCUUUUGAAUUAUGGUAUUGCUUGUAUGUCCAUGGGCUUCCUGGUUGAAGAGACUGCACCAGUUGUUUGGAGAGGCCUUAUGGUAAUGUCAGCCAUUGAAAAACUGUUGAGGCAGGUAGAUUGGGGUCACCUGGACUAUUUAGUUGUUGACAUGCCACCAGGAACUGGAGAUGUGCAGUUAUCAGUCUCACAGAAUAUUCCCAUUUCAGGCGCUGUGAUUGUCUCCACGCCCCAGGACAUUGCAUUGAUGGAUGCACACAAGGGUGCUGAGAUGUUUCGAAAAGUUCACGUGCCCGUUCUGGGCCUUGUUCAAAAUAUGAGUGUUUUCCAGUGUCCAAAAUGUAAACACAAGACUCAUAUUUUUGGUGCUGAUGGUGCAAGGAAACUAGCACAGAUCCUUGAUCUUGAUAUUCUAGGAGAUAUUCCUUUACAUCUUAAUAUAAGGGAAGCUUCAGAUACAGGCCAGCCGAUUGUAUUCUCACAGCCUGAAAGUGAUGAGGUAAGUGAUCUUUUAAAAAAAUGUAUUUUCAUUUCUCUUUAGAUGAUAUGUACUUUUUGUUAUGUAGAAAGAAGGUUGGGAAGAUCAAGUUUAUCUAUCUGCAAUGCAUAUAUUGAACAAAAAUUGAUAACUAUCCACAGCAAUUUAAGUUACUAUUUUGUGUGGUAGGCGUAUCAGUGCUGGCCCUAACUUAUCAACUGACCAAGUUCUUCACCUACAAAGAGUCAUCACCAACCAGUUAUCUCAUGAAGAACAUGCACAGCAAGAGUUUGCAGAGUUCUUAUCUUGCUGGCUAU